AUGAGGUUGUACGCAGAGGGGAAGCUGGAGCAGCAUCUGAACCAAAAGGCCGCUCGCAUGGCUAAAAUAUCAAGGGCCGACGCUGUCAGCACUCCUGUCAUCGACUACGACGACAUGGCUUACAUGGCUGAAACACCGCAGACGUUCGUCGUAUUCCUUGACUCCGGAUCGUCGAAUCUCUGGGUGCCGGAUUCAACCUGCUCUGAAGGACAGUCAUCGAGUUGUGGUACCUACUGUGAGCAGUCACCAUACGAUCUCUGUCUAACAUUCUGCCAACCCGAGUGUUGCAAGCAUUCCGGCAAUGUUCUUGCAACGAAGAAUGCCUGCACAACCAAGCACAGCUUCAAUCAGUCAUUGUCCAGCACCUACGUAAGACAACCAGGUACCUUUGCGAUGAGCUAUCAAACUGGUGACGUCAGCGGAUUCUACGGACAGGACACUUUCUGCCUCUACAACUCCACGGUUUGUGCAGCCCAGCAAGUCUUCGGACAAGUGACCCAGAUGGCAGAAGCGUUUGACAAACAGCCCGAAGAUGGUAUGAUCGGCCUUGGAUGGCCAGCUCUGGCCUAUGACUCAAUCACUCCCCCGAUGUUCAAUCUACUCAAUCAGGGAAUGCUUGAUCAGCCAUACUUUGUCGUAUACAUGCGACAAAUCCUGGGACCAUUUCUUGCGGUCGAUGCGGAGGACAGUUGGACUGUUGGUGGUCUGGACAAUAUCACUUGCUCGCUACUUACGAUCCUAUUCCGUUGA